GCGGGACCAUUUAGCUCUAAACCUAUUGGUUGCUCUCUCGGCUGACGUGCAUUCCAAUCACAUUCUUGUCAUCGGCAGAGCACUGUCAUUCACGCACAGCCCGGUGAACGGCACGUGUACAUCCUUCGUCCCUCCCUUAUCCCCAUGCGGGUGUUGGCGGACGGGGGAGUCUGGGCGGUGGACUGCGACGGCAUGAUAGUUGUCUGACCCCUUGGAAUGUACAUUCUUGUCAUCGGCAGAGCACUGUCAAUCACGCACAGCCCGGUGAACGGCACAUGUGAUUGGAAUGUACGUCAGCCGAGAGCAACCAAUAGGUUUAGAGCUAAAUGGUCCCGCCCCAGGAACGUUUUUUUUUUCUUCAGAUUUGACUGUCAGGAGUUUCAAAACGAGUGUGCGACAGAACACUGCCAAUAUUCACGUGACUCAAAGCUUGCGCCUGUGUAGUCAAAUCUCUGAAAAGUCAGUGCUGAAAAGUCAGUUCUGAAAAAAUACAUUGCAAUGGCGUAAACGUACACCUUUACAAGUUUUUAAAACUAAAUAUUCAACCUUUCAAAACGUAUUUCUCAAUGUAUGAACACCUGUUUGCAGAAUCUCAUUUACAAGGUUUCAAAACCGGGAAACAAUGAAAUACACUGUUAGAACAGUGCCAGAUUUGAAACUCUGCAAAUGCGCUGGUGAAAUUGUUUGAACUUUGAAAAUGUGUUGGUGAAAAUGAUGAAGAAGAUAAAAUAGAACUUUUGAAUUUUUGUUUGAAUUUUUUUCAGGUUAUAAGUUUUCAAACCCAGACUUACAAGCUUUUGAAACUUUUUUUUUCAGGUUUGAAUUAUGGCAGGAAACUGGCUCCAUAGUCUGUGGCCAUCUGGGUAGCUUCAUUGACAUCUUUGUGGGCUUCCCAGGAAGCGUGCAUGAUGCACGCUUCCUUCGAAAUAGUUUAAUUUACCAGGCUGGCAAUUACCCUCCACCAGGCUAUUUCAUCUUGGGUGAUGGUGGCUGUCCAUGCCUCACUCAGCCGAUGGCCCUUAUCACACCAUAUAUCACACUUAUUACCUCCAUGUCCCUACACAUUAUGCAUCAAAAGUCCCUCCCACGGGCCAUAUUGUGCCUGAUUUUGCUGUCCUCUUUUCCCAUUUCUCAGAGAUCUUUUUUUAUCUCAUCUUUAAGCAAUGGACGGUAUCUGCCCAAAAUCUAUACUGACGUCGGUGCCGUAUUAAUUUUCUCUAGGUGUAUAAACACUAUUUUCAAUACAAUUUAUUUGAGUUUAUUUUACUCGUUAGUUCAAUUAUUUUAUUUCACUUAUGCCGAUUGGAAUGCGGUCCUUCCCACCGUUUGGGCUAUUUUUGAAUCCAGGAAGGUUUACACAUUUAUUUCAGAUCAAUUAUUCCCUUUCUGUCUAAUUAAUUUAUGACAGAAUAAACAAACGAAAAUGGGCCGUACAAGUCUCCGAGGUAUCUUAAUCCUAUAGCGGCUUGAAUACAGAAAGAAAACGAUUAAUGCAACUUUUUAUAGCUUAUCUUAAAAUGGUCGAAUUUGUUGUACAAGAUGCUGAGUGGAACUUGUCACUAACUCGUCUUUAAUUACAAAAAAAAGGUUGACCAACCGUUGAAGACGGUCUUUUGUUUAAAACAUGAACAAACUAAAAGAAAACGGCCUGCACAAGUCUCCGAGGUAACUUAAUCCAAUCGCGGCUUGAAUACAGAAAGAAAACGAUUCAUGCAACUUUUUAUAGCUUAUCUUAAAAUGGUCGAAUUUGUUGUACAAGAUGCUGAGUGGAACUUGUCACUAACUCGUCUUUAAUUACAAAAAAAAGGUUGACCGACCGUUGAAGACGGUCUUUGGUUUAAAACAUGAACGAACAAAAAGAAAACGGCCCGCACAAGUCUCCGAGGUAACUUAAUCCAAUCGCGGCUUGAAUACAGAAAGAAAACGAUUCAUGCAAUUUUUUAUAGCUUAUCUUAAAAUGGUCGAAUUUGUUGUUCGAAGAUGCUGAGUGGAACUUGUCACUAACUCGUCUUUAAUUACCAAAAAAAGGUUGACCAAGACCGAUGGUCUUUUGUUUAAAAACUUAUUUUCUCAAAAUAACAACUCUGAAUUCAAUAGCAACUCUGAAUUCCCAACCGACAAAACUCCAACAACUCUAAAUUCAAUAACAACUCUAAAUUCCCAACCGACAAAACUUCAACAUUUCCGAAUUCAAUAACUAUGAAUUCCCAACUAACAAAAACUCCAAUUAGGAUUUUGUCAGAAAAUCCCUACAAAUCUAACCACUCCAGGGACAUUGUUCGGAGGGUAGAUCUAGGGGCCUUCACUCCCUGUCCCAUUCAAACUUUCCCACUAAUUCGUUCUUCUAAAAGACAGUUCAGGACUUACUGUAGGCCUACUUAACCAAAAUAUCAAUAACAACAACUCGUACCAAUUGAGAACCACAAAGCGUUUUAGUUAGUUAAAACCACAGAUGAUUUAUGGUUAGUAUGCGCAUACGUCAAUCUUUCACAGGGCUCCUCUCUUUCUCUCUCUCUUUUCUUAUAACAAUGGUUCGUUAAUUUGAAGAGACUUUUUACCUGCUGCAUAGCAUUUAGACAGGGCAGGAACAGAUCACACAACUUCCUAUAUAAUGGUAAGAACAUUGCUUACAUUUUUAUGAUGAGUUCUGUUGCAUGAUUCGUUCGAACCCUGUCCUGCAGCACAGCAGUUGGCGUGUCUCAGUCCUUCAAUCCUGUUCGUGAUGCCAAUUAUGUGGUAGAAAAAAACUGAGUUCUAUCACUUCAACUAAACUAAGAGAGCUUGAGGAAUCGAGGGGUCCGGAUCAAGUAUGACAGAAGACUUUAUUGCUACCCGCGAAUGUAACACCCUAAGAAGGGAAGGGGAGAAGUUACCACACUCGACACGUUGCUCUCUCUGCCAUUGACAAGAAUGAGGCAUCGUGGCCGAGAGCUUUCCCUUCCGGUUUGGGUAAGCGUAGCUAACCAAUCAAAAGGUACUCUUCCACGACACGUUUAAAAGGACUAUUUAACCCUUAUAGUUAUGAACUAUUUGAGUAAAUUCUCUUUUAAACUCUCUUUAACCAUUUCAAUUGCUUAUUGUAUUUACAAUAUUACAAUAAUAGAUUCCUACCAUUUUAAUUGCUUAUUAUGUUUACAAUAUUACAAUAAUAGAUUCCUUAUGAAAUCAAUCUAAAUAUAUCUAUUACACACUCCCCUACGAAAUAUGUCGUCCCGACAUCACAACCUUAACGAACCAAGAACAUAACCGAUUUAGGUUUACUGGUUACAGGUCCACUGAACAAAUCAACUUCAUUGUAUUACAUUUUUGGGUUUUCGUUUUUUUUGAACAGGCUCUCUGUGUACUGAACAAAAUAAAGUAGUUAUAUGCCUAGAAUCUCUGCAUGAGUAAUGGUUGGUAAACCUGGCAUGGGCUAGUCCACAUUAGUCGAACGUUACUGUACAAAAUGGGUUGAUACUGGUAAAGACUUUCAGCUGCAUUUACUGCACUGUAGCAUGCUGGAGUCCCAAGUUGGUCGUAGGUGAAGAUCUUCUCUUCGUGGCCCGUCUUUCUCUUCGUGGCAAGUAAUUUUCUCGUUCUCUCUCCCCUCCAUCUGAAUCUGAACGUGGGGAUGCUGGAACCUCGCCCUGUACUGCUGCAGCCGGUUGUUCAUCUUCACUUUGCUGAUCAUCUUCCUGUAGCAUAUCCUCCUGCUGUAUUUCAGGCUCAUUUGCAUUUUCUCUGACCAGCUCAACAGUGUCACUGUCUCCUUGUGUGUCAGCCUUUUCUCCUUGUGUGUCAGCCUGUUCAGUGGUCCUGUCCUCGAUCGGUACUUCAGACAUGACUGGGUAAUACACACUGUGGGGCGACGUGCAACGUCUGGCCUGCCGGGGGAGUAUGGGCAGGUUGGGAGCGCACCGGAUUGGCUGGGGGGAUUUUACCUGUGUGCGAGCAGGUGUCAGCACUCAGGCCAAUCAGGGAGUGUUUGUACUUAUGUGCCUGCUUUGUGUUGUAGUAGGGAAGGAAUCCAGGAAGGAGCGGGAGCAGAGAGACAGGGGCGAUCGCAGCCAGAGAUCGCCUGGAACGCACCCUGUGACCGCUUUGAGCGGAGUUAUGAUUUACGUUUAACGACUUGUGUUUUGUUGGACUUCUGAGUGAUCGAAAUAAAAGGACUUUCUAUUGGAAAAGCAAACCUAGUGUCCAAGCGCUCUGUGAACCCGUUACACACACAUUCAUCUUCGGCUUCACUCUCGUCCUGAUUUGUGUUUUCUGCAGCGGUUUCUGUUAUCCAUUUAUUAGGUUUUGGUUUUGGCGGAAUUUCCGAGGGUAAGUGGUCACACGGUAGCGACAUAUUUCGAUUUACAAUUCUUGACCUUCCUCUUCCCUGCUCAGGUUUCAACUCAUAUACUGGGAUGUCUUCACCAACCUUUCGGAUCACAACAUGGAUAUUCUCUUCCCAAAAACUGCGGAGCUUUCCAGGGCCUCCUCUGGGUGUCAGAUUUUUCACAAGAACACGAUCACCUGGGUACAACACUGAUCUUUUUACUUUUGCAUCAUAGUGUCUUUUAUUUCUCUCCGAGGAUUUUUUCACGUUCUUUUGCACUUUGUCAUAUGCUUGCUGCGUUUGCGUUUUCCAUUUCUCCAUGUACGUUCGAUGAUCUGUUUUCCCUGACUCAGAGGUGAGACCAAACAAAAGAUCAAUUGGUAAUCUUGGGGAUCUUCCGAAUAGAAGAUAAAAAGGUGAGAAACCUGUUACUUCGUAUCGUGUGCAGUUAUAUGCAUAGAUCAACUUGUUCAAGGAGUCUUUCCAGUUUGUUUUCUGUUUGUUGGUGAGUGUCUUUAACAUUUGUAGUAAUUUUCUGUUAAAUCGUUCGACUUGCCCAUUUCCUUGCGGGUGAUAGGGUGUCGUACAUGAUCCAAACACGCCACAGUUCUUCUUCAGCUGUGCGAAGAGCUGGUUCUCAAAUUCGCCACCUUGAUCAUGGUGUAUACGUGUUGGCAGUCCAAACUUCAGGGCAUAAUCAUUGAAUAUACGAUCAGCAACUGUUUUAGCAGACUUGGAGGUGGUGCAAAACGAGUAAAGUGAUCAAUGAUUAACAAUAUGUACUCGUAUCCGCCGCUACAUUUGUCCAAAUUAAGAAAAUCUAUUGACACUAGUUCAGAUUGCUGUGUGCUGACGAUACGAGUGAGAGGUGCCCGUGUUUCUCUGGCGUGUGUCUUUUGUUUCAGACAUGUGCAAGUUCUUUCCACAUAAUGUUAAAUUUCUUUUUGCAUGUAAGGCCAGAAGAAUCUAUCUCUGAUCAGUGAUUUUGUUCGAUCAAUGCCUUGAUGGCCCAUAUCAUCAUGCAACUCUUUUAGUACAGUGCUCUUAUACCUUUCAGGUAAAACAAGCUGUCUUGUUGCUGGCUUUUUGUUGCUCAAUUUGCACUGUAUUAUUUGACUGAUGUUCACAUCAUCCUGCUGUGCUUGUCUGAUCUGAGCAGCUGAGAACGUUUUGUGCAUCUCUUCACUCACUGCUAUACAUUGGAGAGAGGCAAGUACUGGACAAACACAUGGUGAGUUGGAGUCUUGAGUCUCAACAGCUUGGGUUGUGGCCGCCACACAGUCUGAUGUCCACUCCUCAGUACACUGACCCAUUAUCACUUCCAUAUCUACAGGCAUUCUUGACAAACUGUCGGCAUCCACAUUUUCUUUACCUGGGCGGUAUCGGAUGGUGAAGUGGAAGUCUGCAAGCUCUGCUACCCAUCUGCUUCCGGUUGAGUUCAGCUUGGCACUUGACAGGACAUAAGACAGUGGAUUGUUGUCUGUAAACACAGUAAAAGUAGGUGCAUAAUACAAGUAGUCCCUAAAUCUUUAUUUGCAGGUGGAUCAUAAGACUGGACUGAGUUGACAGUGGUUGGCCGCUGUUGGGUAGGGCUGGAGUUCGCUCCUAAUGCUAUCAUUUUGCAGGCCUGCCAGAACAGUGUGGAGAAACAUACUCUGUACAAGGACUGGAUCAUACCUUAGGCCAGAUUCUGCUUCCUGUGAGGCAAACAAGAUUUUCUGUCUCAAAUCUAGAGCACGGAUAAGGUAAUGUUGUGGGGUUUCCUUAACACUUUGGACCUCCGAUGUGAGUUGUUUGUACAGUUUAGUUGCGCCCUUCUCUUGGUAAUGGGAUCUCAAGAUCUUUCUCAGGGUAGGUAAAGUAAGGUUGGUUUUUCCUUCUAGGUAGCUGCGUAGUUGUAAGCCUGGUGCGAUUGCCUUUAUCACUGCAUCGACUAUUUCAGGAAAUUCCUUGCUGAUGCCUUGCUCGAUUUGGUGUGCUAGACUGAAAAAGCUGAGUUUGUCUUUUUGGCCUGGAUCACCGAUCUGGCCUGAUAUUUUAAAUUAUUUUUUCCACUGUACUGAGACACGACCUUUUUUAAAAGGGGCGUGGACUUGCCUUGCAUCCUUAGCUUCCCCACUCACUGAUUUAUUGUCUCCAUUACUUUGACUUGACUCUUUUUGCAGUGAUAAUGCUAACUGUAGUGUCUCUAUCUCUUUUAGCAGACGCUGUUCUUCUGUGAUCCCUUGUACCAAAUCAGUCUGUUUUGCAUUUGAGGCUGCUUUAUCUUGUGCAAUUUUCUGAGCAGUCUUUUGAAACUCGACAAUUAGGUCUUUAGAAUCAGUAGCUCUGUCAUGCCUUGGUCUUCAAGCCCAUUUAGCUCCUCUCUCUCUAAGUGGCUUGUGAUAUAUGAGAUGAGAAAAAGGAUCAACUUUACCUGUUACCUUUUCAAGGUUUAAACCAGCGAUCAACAAACUACAAUCAAAGCAUCUCUGGUUAAUGUACAGGGCUCCAACAACUUCUAGUUUCAAUUCCUCCAGCUCUGAAGAAUCCAUUUUAAUCUCUGGUGGACAAUGUUGGUGUGACGCAGAAGCUUUUUCUUUGCAGAGUGAGCGACGCAGCUCUCUUGGCACCAGCGGUUGACCUCAGAUUGCGUGCAAGUCUCUCUAGGCAGCUGUUGAUCCACAAAACACUUUUGUCCUCCUUGGUUAUAGAUGUAAGGGGUUGAUGUUGAUCAGGGAUAAGCGUAGCUAACCAAUCAAAAGGUACUCUUCCAGGACACGUUUAAAAUGACUUUUUUACCCUUAUAGUUAUGAACUAUUUGAGUAAAUUAUCUUUUAAACUCUCUUUAACCAUUUCAAUUGCUUAUUGUAUUUACAAUAUUACAAUAAUAGAUUCCUACCAUUUUGAUUGCUUAUUGUAUUACCAAUACUACAAUAAUAGAUUGGUUAUGAAAUCAAUCCAAAUAUAUCUAUUACACGAACAAGCAACAACAAAGCCGAUUGAGAUUUGCAAAGACACUGCCGAAUGAUUCUCGUCCUGCUCCUUAUGUACCCAAUCCUUACUGUUACAUAAUAUAAAGUCAGACUUACAUAAAAUGUUGAUUUGCAUUACAUGAUUUUCCAGUUCACAGCUUUACAAUGAACAUACAUUGAUCCCUACACACACAAGAUAGGAACUGAGUGAACCUACUCCGUGGUGCCGUGUUAAACCUAACUUAUAGGGGAGAGGUGAUCAGCUACUUUCCACCAUUAAAGUAUCUAUAUCAUGAUAUAUAGGCCUAAUAAUAAUCAUAGCUUGCCAUAAAAUGUAGGGUUAAUUUCUUCCAUAAGGGCCAUGUGACUGUGCACUUCAACCAAACGUAAACUGAGAGAAGCUACACAUUUUUUCAUUUGGUAGAUAUGAUUUCCUGUUUUCUGGUACAUUUCGGGGAUGGCCACUACCUAUAAAAUCUUCCAGAUUCAUACCCUAUGUGCGGUAUGUUAAUUGUACUAACAUACAUUCAUCUCAUGUUUUCCAUGCUCAAACAGACACUUGAAUGGUUAGUAUUUUUAUCAGUGCAAAGGGCUCACAUACAUCAUCAUUCAAUGAUGUCACAGAAAUUAAAAACAGUGGCCCAACAUUAAGUGCAACAACUCAAUGAACUCAAACCCAACAAGCAUGAUAUUCAGGGCAGUUGUAGUAAUUAGUGGCGACUUGAGUGGGAUUCUUUCAUGACUAUCGUUUCCAAGCAAACUAGACGCAUGGGUUUGCCUUUGAAUUCUAUGAACAUAUCCUCUGCUUCUCUUCUUUCUUGACCGAGUUUUCUGUAACUCAAUAUAUAUAUAUAUUUUUUUUUAAAUUAAAUUAAAAUGAUGUGCGGGCCAGACUGAGUGAGGAUGCGGGCCGUAUGCGGUCCCACGGGCCGCCAGUUGCCCAUCCCCGAUUUAGAGGUUCAACCACCGCAGUAGUGGUUUAAUCCCUAGAUGAUUACAUUUAUAAAUCGACACCAUUUAUAAAGUUUUAAUAUUGGCAAACAUAUACACCGAUAUGAUAUAUCUGUGAUAGGCAGUAUUGGCCGAUAAAAUUGGCCAACCGAUGUAUCGGUCUAGUAUGCAUGCAUGCCUGUAUUUAUGAUCCAGUAUGUUCAUUUGUAUGAGUUUGCGUGUCUGUGUAUGUACGCAUGCCUAUAUAUAUAGAUGUAUGAAUGUAUGUUAGAAUCAAUAUAUAGCCUACAAAAAGUGAUUUCAGCCAUGUCCGUAACUAACUAUCUUUGUGAGAUGAACAUCUGUGUCAGUGUCUCUGCUCUGCAUCCUUCAGCUUUGUGCGUCUUUGUUUGGUAAUGAGUUCAGACUAGACCAGUUGACCUAUAUUAUAGCUGGUAGUAGCAUUCUAGUGGCCUGUUAUCCUAUAUUCCUGACUACAAUGUGAGAAGCCGUAAGCCUAAGUAUUUGAUUUGGAAUGUUCGGGAUGGCUAUUAAUAGGAUAUGGGGUAACCCUAAUAAUAACGCAUCAACAUGUAGGCUAUACUUAUUGAGUCAAGCCUCAAACUUGAGUCAAACUCUAAAGAUCACACUAUACAUACACUUUAUAUUUAUUUAUUUUUAUAAUGGAAAAUAAAAUAAAAGACUAUUACUAUUAUUAUUACAUCUCGAAUCAACAAAUAGAUCAAAUCUAAUUAUACACAUUUUCUUAUACUGGCCUUUUGUAUUUGUAUGGGGAAACAGCCAUGUCAUGUUUAACAUAAUGUAUGAUAUAAGUUAUAACGUAGGCCUAUUAUAUACAGACCGCAGGUCAGUAUGACUUGCAAUUUAAAUUACAUGACCGGCCACAGCAGAGGAUGCUAUUUACCUUGCUAUAUAACAUGAUUUGAAUGAGGUGAGGUAUUGUGUAUCUACAACCCCUUAAAUCAUAGCAAAUAACUAAAUAUAGUGUAGUUAAGUGUACACAAAUUAAAUCACCUUAAAAAACUGAACUAUUUGCCUUGUUUGACCCUUCUUUAUAACCCUAGAAAUCUUAAAGCAGACUAGCUGCGGCAGAGCGGCGGAUCGACGGAGUCCCUCCUGGCGGGUCAGCCCCCCCUCCCCGCCCUGUUUCAGAGCGUUAGCUCAGAGGCUGUUUUGUAACCAUGUAUCACGCUCGUCCAAUCACAACAACUCGCCGACGUCACAUGACCAUACCUUUACGUAACUGUUAUUUUUUUCACAUCCUCUCCAUUGAGAACACCGUCCUUUAUGACAGGAGGACCGGAGCGGGUCUGAACAUUCGGACGUACGGCGGUAUGAACAAGAGGCAGACGGGGAGCAGCAGACGAGUGUAACACUGAGGAGGACGUUUACCACACAAUACCUUCUGCGAUGAGCACGGAGACCCAAGCUAUGCUCCAGUUGGCAGCGGAGGCUUUCCACCUGAAGAACUACGAGCUGGCCGCGGACAUCUAUGAGGACCAACUCCGGGAGCCGGUGGAGCCCCGGGGCCGACUCGAGCUCAUGGUGAGGCGGGCAGACGCGCUCGCCUUUGGGGGGAAACUCACCGAAGCCUUCGGUGUCUACCAGAAGGCUUCGGAGAUAGAAAGACUUCAACCUGUCCACCUGGGCAACCUUCUCACGUUCCUCAUCGAGAACAUGAAGAGGAAUGGAGUUGGAACUAAAAAGAAGACCGACCCUGGGAUGGAGUCGGUAGCCACGGAGGGAUGCCCCGAUGCCGCCACGGGCUGCGGACACGAAGCCUGGUCGUGCCGGACGUGUCUUGCCUUUCUGUCCGAACCUGUGACUCUGCCGUGCGGACACAGCCUGUGCAAAAAGUGCCUGGAGAGAGAGACCGGAGGACAGCCUGUCUGCUGUAAGGAGUGCAGUGACACUUCCCAGCUCAAAGACGUGCAGGGCUACCGGGUGAACGUGGUCCUCGGGAACAUCCUCUGCAAGUGGUUCCCGACCCAGUGCCGGGCCGCCGAGCUCCGGCGGCAGGGCAACAGCCUCUAUGUGGACAAGAAGACGGAAGAGGCUCUGGGCAAAUACAACCAAGCCAUCUUCAUAGCACCUAAAGACUACCUCCUCUUCAGCAACCGGUCUCAGAUCCACGCUAGUCUGAGGCGUUACGACAUGGCUCUGAGCGAUGCGGAGACGGCCUGCACGCUAAUGCCUCACUGGUCCAAGGGUCAUCAGCGUAAGGCACAGGCCCUGGUGUCUCUGGGGAGAAGUGACGACGCUCUAAAGGAAUACCUGCUGUGUCUGACCCUGCAACCAGACUGCAAACUGGCCAAGACUGAGGCACAAAAGCUCCUCGGGGACUUCCUGGCCCCGGUCACGGAUCAGGUCCCAGACCGCGUCCUGGACUACUCUGCUCUGCUCUGCUCCAGAACCACGGUCAAGAGCGGCCUGGCGCCGUGGGACCCGCACACGCCCGCCACGUCGGCGGCCCCCCGCCUGCACUCACGGCCCACGCCGCCAUCGGGGUCCCCUCGGACACCAGUCCAGUCCAGUCAGCUGUCCUCGGAAAUAGACCUUCCCCCCUCCCCCCCGCAAGCCUCCUCGAGGCUCCCCUGCAAGUCUCUGAAGGGGAGUGAUGUGUUGGCCGAAGAGGGGGCGGGAGACGACAGGCCCAACGGCACCUGCUGUCGACACCUCCUCAAACGAAAGAGGUGGAGCACGGAGGAGGAGGUGGUGGAGGACAAGAGGAGCACCAACGAGGAAGGAGCAACAGGGAGCGACGUCUGCAAGAAGCUCAAGUCUGAGCCUAUGAUUGGUGCCUGCAACUCUGUGGUUGGUGACCUCAUCGACCCUACAGAUCUGGAAUGUUCCCUCUGCAUGAGACUCUACUACGAGCCUGUGACCACACCGUGCGGUCACACCUUCUGUCUUAAGUGUCUGGAGCGAUGUCUGGACCACAACCCCCAGUGUCCCCUCUGUAAACAAGAGCUGUCUCAGUUUCUGGCCGAGCGGUCCUACUGCAAGACGUCUCUGAUGGAGAGCCUGAUAUCCACGUAUCUUCCCACCGAUCUGAUGGAACGGAGAAAAGUCUACCAUGAGGAGAUGGCCGAGUUCUCAAACCUCAACCAGAACGUGCCUAUCUUCGUGUGCACCAUGGCCUUCCCCACCGUCCCCUGCCCGCUCCACAUCUUCGAGCCGUGCUACCGGCUCAUGAUCCGCCGCUGCAUGGAGACGGGCACCAGGUGCUUCGGCAUGUGCCUGGGGGACGAGGCCAAGGGGUUCGCCGACUACGGCUGCCUGCUGGAGAUCCGGAACGUGGAGGUCUUCGCCGACGGCCGCUCAGUGGUGGACUGCAUCGGCCGGCGGCGCUUCAAGGUCAACCAUCACCGGCAGCAGGACGGUUACAACACGGCCGACAUCGAGUACCUGGAGGACGUCAAGGUGGAGGGCACGGCGGAGAAGGACCUCCAGACGCUCCACGACGCGGUCUACGACCACGCCCUGGUCUGGGUGAACUCCCUCAAACCCGACCAGAAGGAACGCAUCGUGGCGCACUUCGGACCCAUGCCCGAGAAAGACUCCGACCCUCAGGCCAGCCCCAACGGCCCGUCGUGGUGCUGGUGGCUGUUGGCCGUCCUGCCCCUGGACGGGCGCGCCCAGCUCCCCUUCGUGGCGCUCACCUCCCUCCAGGACCGGCUCCACGGGAUCCGCCGCGUGCUGCUCUUCAUGGCCCGCAACACGCGCCACCGCUGA